AUGUCAUCGCCACGACCUACCUCAAGACGCAUUCGAACAAUCAGUUGGGCGGAUCAGAUUCCAAAGCAAGCCGCAAAGUCACCGCCUCCAUCAUCUUAUCUCGACGUCGGAGAGGCGCAAACGAAGCACGGCUCCGAAAUCGCACCACUGUUUGCUCAAGAAGACUUCGACAGCUCCCCAAGUAGCUCGACACUCUCCCUCAACUCGCAUUUCUCUUCUAGCCCACACCUCCCCACACAACCUCCCACACACCAACCCGACACCGCUAACGCCAUGCCUACCAGUAUGCGCGACCUCUCGCCAUUCAAGGGUAAACCCCUCUGGGAACCCGACGACGAUGAAUGGGCCGAGUUGGACGCCAGCCACAUCUCCUCCACUUUCAAAGCGACCUUCAAAGAACCCAGCCAACACAGUCCGGAAAAGUCGACAAACACCAGCACUCUAUCCCGCUUCAGUGCCACACUGACAUCCUUCAUCCCCUCCUCCCCAACAAAACGCGCUUCAGAAGCCCUCCUCCGCGAAGAAGAAGCCCUGCGAGACAGACUGGAAGAACUGCAAAACACAUACUACUCCAACCCUGCCGGCGACAUUUGCGACAAAGUCAUGACCUCUGUCUUCUUGCCCGGCUCCCAGUACUUCCACCACAAUCAGAGCAGAGAAUCCGUCCGCGCUCCUCACGUCAUCGACCUGGAAGCGUAUUUCCACACUCAAGACCCGCUGGUCGGAACCGCGUACCCGCGUCUCAGCGACGCCGUUGCCACGAUCCUCAGUCACACGGGUAAAGAAUGUGUAGAAGCGUUCCUAGAUCCGCGGGUGGAGGAGUUCGUGUACAGACGGGAAGUAGAGAGGAACAAAGCAGGGAGUAUCUUUGUGAUCAGGCGGAAGGGGAAUACCGUCAUCAAACAACAGGCAGGCUCCUACCGCAACCUAGGCUUCUCUCUCUCCUGGACCCUCUACGUCAAAGCCAUGAUCGGCGCAACAGGACUAUGGUACGACACUUAUGCUUCACCUGUAGCAGGCUCGACACCGAUCGUCGAUGGCGUACCGGCUUGGGAUACUUUUGUACCUAUUGGGACUGAAGACCCAUUUCUCCAACUAUCACCCGAAACCAGCCAACCCAACAUAUCACCCCGCAAGAUUAUCCUAUCUAGUCCUCGUCCGCAGAAGAAAGAGGUGGAGGACGAAGAUGAUGGGAUCAGUCCUACGAAUGAGAAGUUCGUGUUGUAUCAGAGUAGGACGCUUGCGAGGUAUCUACUGAGGGAUAUUUGGGUUAGGCUUGAGGGGCGGUAUGAAUGUAAGGCUACGUGGGAGGUUGAUGGGGUAGGGAGAGAGGUUAGGCUGAGGAGGGCGUUGGUGGGGUUUGGGGAUGAAGAUGAUGAUGAGUAG